UUCUCUCGCUUUAGGUCGUUCGUGUUGGCCUUCACAAUGAAGCUUUUCAAAGGACCUGGUCUCGUUUCCUUGGUGUUUCUUCUGGUGGCUUUGGUCUCGGUCUCAGAAGUAGAUUCAUCCAAGCAUCCUCCUGGGGCGAAGGUGAGGUACAUGCACUUCCUGAACGAGCACCGGGACUCCAACCCAAGCACCGGAGGAAGGUACUGCAACGAUAUAAUGCGCAAACGGGGCCUGACCAGUCCCAACUGCAAGGAAAAGAACAGCUUCAUCCACCCCAACGAUACGGCCAUCAAGGAUGUCUGCGGAGACCGAGGGGAGCCCUAUGGCACCCUGCGCCUGAGCUGCAAUCUUUUCCAGGUCACCACCUGCGACUUGAAAGGAGGCCCGCCCUGCAAGUACAGUCAAGACAACCGGCCCCGCCACAUCGCCAUCGCUUGCGAUCAAGGCUAUCCGGUCCACUACGACGAAGGCAAUGUCGUCCUAAAUCGACCCCAGCCGUGCUGAGUCCAUGUCUCCUGCAGCUUCUUCUGUCUUUUGUCAUUGCAGCUCUUGUAAUAGAAGAAUAGACAUGUGUUUUGUUCUUAUCCUUCUCCAACCCUCCCCAACUCUGACUCCCCCGUUCAAAGUGUGCUGACUUGUAUGCCAGAGAAACAAAUACAUCGUGCUUUGAAACUUUCUUUGACAUCUCUCUCUUCUUUCGGGGUUUGGGUUGGGGCAAGGUGGGAUUGGUCUUUGUGGCUCGACUUGGCACCUCGUCACACAAAAAAAUAACCUUCCUCUGAGGCGGGAGGUUAAAGAACCCCAGGAAAUGCCAUAUAUGGGCAGAGAUGGCGACGGCUAGCGACCCGGGUGCAUAAGCUCACAAAAACAUGUGAUUUCUGGGAAAUCACGUGUUUCUGAAGAAAUGAAAGCUAAAGAUAAACAAACUGCGUGUGCGCACGCAGGCGCUCUGAGUGAUUGUGAACACGACACAGAAAGAGUGCGCCCGGGCCGCUGGUCAGCGCUGAUUGGAUACAAGUCGAGCCGCGUCACAACUCUAAGCCAAUGAAUUUGCUUGUGGGCGGGCAUAACCCGAACCCUGUAAUGUGUAUAAAUAUUUACUCAGCCCACCGCUGGGGGUUCUCCCUGGGAAAGCACCGUGUUGUGCUAGGGGGAACCCCAGCGGCCGCUUGCCAAUAAACUGUUUUCUUGGAAAGAC